ACUUCAGGACGCUCGAUUGGGUCUCCGCGAAUACAAUCCAGAAGGUUUCGCAAUUCAAACGUACUUUGACAAGAAACCCCUCCCGGCUGACUCGAAAAAUCAGAAUCUUGUGAAAAAACGGGGACAGAGAUUACAUGACUAUGACAGGACAAGAUGAAAGGACUUGAGUCCGCGAGAUCGGUCGCGAGAUUCUGAAGUGCAUCUUGAAGAAUUCCUAAUUUGAGUUUGCGCGAUCGUUUCGUGCGUUGGACACGUGAUUCCCGCGGGGGUAGCGCGCCCCAAGACCGUCGUGAAUGGUGCUGAAAGGUGAUGACCGUGUUUUCCUAAGGCCGUUAAAAGGGCGGUUCGUGAUGUUUAGCUGCUACGAGAGAUUUUAAGUGUACGGAUUAUCGGGGAUAGACUACGUCCUGAUAAGGCAUGCUAUGCGUCAGAGCACCGGAAACGGAGGUCCCUGCAGAAGAUGACGGGGUUAAGUAGAUAGAGGGAGCAGACCAGGCCCGCCAUCGACGACGGACGAUUCCCUCGGCUCUUCUCUUUCUCACCGCAGCGCACAAUGCUCUGCCAUCGAGCUCUUGUCGUUCUCUUCGCUGUCAACGUGCCAAUCGUGACGGGGCUAGAGCCAGACUUCGCUUACCCGCUGGAGAACGUAACGAUCCCGCAGGGUCGAGACGCUACCUUCACCUGCGUGGUGAACAACCUCGGUGGAUACCGGGUGAGUCCUUCCUCCUCCGCGAGCGGAGAUCACUCUGGCAGCGUCAAGGCCCGGGUGGCGUGGAUUAAGGCAGACACCAAGGCGAUCUUAGCGAUUCACGAGCACGUGAUCACGAACAACGCCCGUCUGUCGGUGACCCACAGCGACUACAACACGUGGACGUUGAGCAUUCGCAGUGCGCGCCGAGAAGAUCGCGGGAUUUACAUGUGCCAGGUCAACACGGAUCCCAUGAAGAGCCAGAGUGCGUUUUUGGAGGUGGUAAUACCGCCAGACAUCAUCUCAGAGGAGACCUCGAACGACAUGAUGGUUCCCGAGGGAGGUGCCGCGAAGCUGGUGUGCAAAGCGCGCGGUUAUCCCAAGCCCGACAUCGUGUGGAAGCGAGAAGACGGCGCCGAAAUCAUUUCGCGAGCCGGCCCCGGCAAGACAAAAAUACCCACUGCAGAGGGCGAAGUGCUGACUUUGUCGAAAGUAACGAGGAGCGAGAUGGGCGCCUACCUGUGCAUCGCCAGCAACGGAGUGCCUCCGUCAGUCAGCAAACGAAUGAUGCUGCACGUGCACUUCCACCCGAUGGUCCAGGUACCGAACCAGCUGGUCGGGGCUCCGAUCGGAACUAACGUCACGUUGGUCUGCCAUGUGGAAGCGUCACCUAAGGCCAUUAAUUAUUGGACUCGAGAAACGGACGAAAUGAUAAUCACUAACAGCAAGUACACGAUGACCGAGGUGAAGACGUCUGUGUACAGCGUGCAGAUGCGGCUGGUGAUCAUGAACCUGCAGAAGCACGAUCUGGGUGGCUAUAAGUGCAUCUCGAAAAACUCCAUCGGCGACGCUGAGGGGAACAUCCGGCUUUACGACAUGGAACUACCUAAACACGCGAAAAAGGCCGGCGACCGGCGGUCAGAGGACGACGCGGGCGAUCCGAUCGGCGAUCGCGAUCACAGAUUGAACCACGUGCAUCAGGGCUCCCUGAGGGAAACGGGCUCGACCCUGGAACCAGCCUUCGACACGGACGACAAUUCGGCGUCCACAACGUCAAGAGACAACGCGCCGCCGGCGACGAUCGGCAUCGUCCUGAUCGUGCUGCACCACUUGCUCGCUUCGACGUAAGAUAGACGUAAACCUAUUUACCCUUAAACGCAAACUACGUUUACCACCGACUCGAUUCGCUAACCUAAGGAGACUGCGAGAUAGCGGCAGGGUAGCUCCGUCGUCUCGCGUUCUCGGCAAUCCACGACAUUAUUGCCGAAUCCUCCGUAUCGAUGUCACGAGACGAUAUUGACGGGACAUUAAUCACAAUAUUUUAUACGGAAUUCGAUUACUGUGCGCCGUAGUGCUGAAUGGUACGAAUACGUCCAAAAAUAUGGCAAAGCUCGCUAAAGCCGCCGAACGAAAUUCUUCCAGCGGAAAUCGGGGAAGGUAAAUUGACAUCUCGGCUAUUAUUUUAAUCUCUUGCGCGAUAACGUUACACCGGCCCAUUUUUUCCAAACGACAACGCAAUUAUGUUUCCAUUAUUUAUUUUAUUCGUGACAAAUGACAGAUUAAAGUUACAUUCGCGGAUUCGCGGAGUCUUUAUCAACGUCAGCCCUAUGCGGUAAUUAAAUACCGUCGGCUCGAAUUCUGCUGAUGAAAAAAGCGCAUUUCAUAAAAUUAAAAUAUGAUAUGCGAGAACGAAUGUUAAUAAUAAUGUCCGCAUUCACAUAGAAAUCACGGCAGCCUGGCGAGCUCAAAAAGCGCUGAAUUAACGAGCGACAUGUUAAAUUAUUGUAUGUUCUACGUAAUGCUACACGUGUCACAUAGACGGAACCAGCCGACAGCUAACGCACGACAGUGCAAUAUGGAUGACUUUUAUAUUUAAAGGAGAUAUUUUCAGCAAGGUGCAUUUCAGUUAUCUCCGUACAUCUCGGAGACGCAUUUGUAUAAGACGUACGGUGAAGUCUAUCCUUCCGCUGUUGGCAGUAACAUCGACAGCA